AUGGGCGGCGCCGAGGCGGAGCCCGGGCGGGCUCCCGGUCCCGCUGUCUGCGGCCGGCGGGCAGGCGACUCCUGUCCCGAGUGAAGGCGGUGGAGCCGGAGCCGGGGGAGGGGGCAGCGGCUAUCUGACGGACCGCGGCGACGCCCGCAGCUCCUCACCGCAGCACCCCCACUACAGGCUCGAGGAGCUUUCCGGAGCUUCCCACACUUCUGGGGAGAAGACUUCUUAGCCAGCUUGAUGUUUAAAAUUCAGCUGGAGCCCUUAAAACUUCGAGCGUGGACGCUGAAUGGGUUUGUAAAGUUUCGAAACAAGGAGACCAGCACCGGUCCAGUGGCUGUGAUGGGAAAAGAUUAUUACAAGAUUCUUGGGAUCCCAUCAGGGGCCAACGAGGAUGAAAUCAAGAAAGCCUACCGGAAGAUGGCCUUGAAGUACCACCCAGACAAGAACAAAGAACCCAAUGCUGAAGAGAAGUUUAAGGAGAUUGCAGAGGCCUAUGAUGUGCUGAGUGACCCUAAGAAACGGAGCCUUUAUGACCAGUACGGGGAGGAAGGCCUGAAGACCGGCGGUGGUACAUCAGGUGGCUCCAGUGGCUCCUUUCACUACACCUUUCAUGGGGACCCUCAUGCCACCUUUGCCUCCUUCUUCGGUGGCUCCAAUCCCUUCGAUAUCUUCUUUGCCAGCAGCCGCUCCACUAGACCCUUUAGUGGCUUUGACCCUGAUGACAUGGAUGUGGAUGAAGAUGAGGACCCAUUUGGUGCCUUUGGCCGCUUUGGCUUCAAUGGGCUGAGUAGAGGUCCAAGACGUGCUCCAGAACCACUGUACCCCCGGCGCAAGGUGCAGGACCCACCUGUGGUGCAUGAACUACGGGUGUCACUGGAGGAGAUCUACCAUGGCUCCACCAAGCGUAUGAAGAUCACAAGGCGGCGCCUUAACCCUGAUGGGCGAACUGUGCGUACUGAGGACAAAAUCCUGCACAUUGUCAUUAAGCGUGGCUGGAAGGAAGGCACCAAGAUCACUUUCCCCAAAGAAGGUGAUGCCACACCCGACAACAUCCCCGCUGACAUUGUCUUUGUGCUCAAAGACAAGCCCCAUGCACACUUUCGCCGAGAUGGCACCAAUGUGCUUUACAGUGCCCUGAUCAGCCUCAAGGAGGCGCUGUGUGGCUGCACCGUAAACAUUCCCACCAUUGAUGGCCGAGUGAUACCAUUGCCCUGCAAUGAUGUUAUCAAGCCGGGCACCGUGAAGAGACUCCGUGGGGAGGGCCUUCCUUUCCCCAAGGUGCCUACUCAGCGGGGAGACCUCAUUGUUGAGUUCAAAGUUCGAUUUCCAGACAGAUUAACACCACAGACACGACAGAUCCUUAAGCAGCACUUACCCUGUUCCUAGGCUCUGCCCCUGCUAGUCCAGAGUCUACCACAGCAAUACCCCCACACUUACCCCAUCUCAUGUACACCCAGUUUGAUGUCCACUGGACACUGGCAACUUUCCCUAAAAUGCAAAAGAAAAAAAAAAAGAAAAAAAGAAAAGAAAAGAAAAAAAAAGCCACUGGUUUUCAGGAAAAAGUUCCUGUCCCUGACCCCUUUCAGAGCUGGGCUGCUCUGGGGAAGUGGGAGGGAGGUGGGUAGAGCUAGCCCAGGCCAGGGGUCAAUUUUCAUGUCACUAGCUUUGAAUCCAGUUCCCACUACAGUGGCUGGAGAGUGACUUGAGUGCUACUUGAAGAUAUAGUUUCCUUGUCCAUGCCUGUAAAUAGCAUGUCCUCCUCCCCUCUCAGCCUUGCUAAUACCUUUCAUCUCCCUUCCCUUUGGCUUCCUUUCAUUGGGGGAAGAAGAGGAUGGAAAGGACACUGCUCUCCUACCCCUACCCCAGGUUCAUAGUGUCCAAGGUUAUUGCACAUAUAUUCAUACACAUGAAGCACUCAUCUAGAGCUGCCUGUGCCUCUCCAGGAGCUAGGAGGAGAGGAGAUAGGAUGGGAAUGUCCAUAACCCAUGAACAGGGCCAUUGAGCACGAGACACUUUCAUUUGGGGCAAGGAGGUGAACUGACCCUCAGCAGCCUCCCCAACAGCUGCCCAGCCUAUAUACACCAUGGAGCUGGAGGUUCUAUCCUCCCUGCUGCGCUGAGGACUGAGGGAAGAGGGAAGGGAAGGGGAGCCUGAGGCAUUGUGGCUAAGAGCUGGGGCAGGACUCAUCUCCCAGCCUUCAUCAGGGAGGGAAAGGGCUUUGGGGUCAGGUGGCAGCUAUUCCCCACAAAGAGAUUCAGGGUCACAGGUUUCUCCCCAUACCUCUGAACUCAGGGCCUAGCCACCCCAAACUUCCAAAUCCCAUUUUUGUGGUAUGUGAAACUACUUAUUUCUUACCCUUCUUGGAGGCUAUGUGAGGAUUUUUCAGCCCUUUUAUGCCUGUGUGACUCCACCCCACUCCCUCAGUUGUACAAAAGUCAAAUAGUAAAGGACCUGAGGGAAGACUGCUUCAGCUGGUCCUGGGGUGGUGUCUUUAGGUUUUCUCACUUUGACAAGCCCCUGAAUGUUUUUAUAGUAGUUUUUUUGUAUUUUUUUGUAAUGACAGUAUUAUGGAAUAAAAUAAAGUAUUUUAAAAAUA